AACAGUCUCCUUUAGACGUUCUAGGUGUUUUCAUCCAUGGGACAUUGCAGCAGCCGAGUCUGGAGACCUGAGGACUCCAGCUUGGCAGAGCCACAGCAGCCUGAAUGCAGUGCUGGUUCCAGAAGCGUGUCUGGCAGUCGCAAGCGCAAAUGGAGCAGUUGGGACAGGUUGGGGCCGAGCUGGAGCAUUCACGGAUCUCUGGUAGUAAGCCUACAGCAAGUUUUUGGCAUAUUCUGCAGAAAGAAAAGGAAGCUCGCAACUAAGUAUACUUACCAAACUUUAUUUUUGGGUGGGGAAGACAGUGAUGUCAAAAUCUAUGCUCUGGGGAAAGUGUGGUCUUUGCACAAAGCUUUUUUAUGCCAGUCGGGGUACUUUGCUGAUAUGCUCAAAGAUACUUGGAAAGAACCGCACAGUGAUAUUAUUGAACUGGAGAUUAAGAACCAUCACAUAAACAUCUGGUCCUUGGAUUUUGUGUUUGGUUCAUUGUACAGGGACGAGGACUUGCCAAUGAAGCCUCGACAAAUUCCUCAUGUUCUGGCAGCAGCAUGCCUGCUUCAGGUAGAGCAGGUAAUUCAGCAAUGUAAUGAGACCAUGAAGAAAACCAUUAGUAUGAAAACUGUGUGUUCAUACUACACAACAGCAGAAACAUAUAGAUUGAAAUCUGUAAAGUCACAGUGCUUUGACUGGCUUCCUUGCAACUUGAUGAUACACCCAAAUGUUAGACUUUACAGAGAAAUUGAUAUAAAGAUCAUGUAUCUACUUGUGUCAUCAUCUGAUCUACUCGUGGUGCAAAAGGAAUUUGAUCUAUAUACCACCCUAAAAGCAUGGAUGUUCCUUUAUUUUAAUCCUCGCUGGAAAGGUUCAGUGAACCAUCUCUUUGCUAAUGCCAACAGCUGGCUUUCCAGGCGCAUGGAAUGCACUGACAACACCACUUUUCUUGAAACUGAAGAAGGGCUAGUAUUUCAACCAGUGUUCAAACAACUGAGGUUUCAGCAUAUCAUCUUUGACCUGGCCUCCAUGACUAUUCUUGAACAAGAUCGCCUAAUACCUUUAGAAUGGAUGUCCCCUGUUUAUAAACAACAGUGGUUGACUUUGCUAUGGGCACAGCAGCACAGGGAAAUUGGGCCGAGAACCAUCAAUGAAAAAGAACUUGAAGGAUGCAGCAUGAGAUGUGGUAUAAGGAUUAAUGGUGAUGGUGCAUAUUCCUGCAAGUGGUCAGGUUGCAAAUUUGGCUUUUCUUUGCGUAUCAUCUUUAUCAACAGCGAUAUUAUUUUCAAGCAAAGUCGUCAGUACCACAAUGACUCUGCUGGCUUAAAACAGGUACGGAAUGUAGUAUUCAGAAUAACGUUGUUGCGUUUUGACUCUGAUGGAAAACCAACUUUCAGUAAGACAACUGGUCAUAAAAUUGUUACCUUUAAAAAUAAUGAGGAGAAAAGUGUAAUGCAGUUUGACAGCAACAUUUUAAGUUUCCCAUUAUACCUUUUCUGCAACUUCCUGUUUAUAUCAUUAGCAAACACAGGGAACCUGUAACAUUUAUUAGACCACAGGAGCAGUUUGAGAACAUUGAAUAACUCAUUUAAUAUGAAGGCUGUGCUAAGAAUACCAUCAAUAUGACUGACAACACAAUGAAAAACAAAUCUUAGGAGUUUCGUACCACCACAAAUGAAUGCUGUCUAUCUUCCCUUCGUUUCUGUACCUUUGUGAAGAAAACUUUAAUAUCCAACAGAGUAUUAGUCAAAACAAAUCAAAGGAAGCUCGUCUAUUGAUUUCCCGUCACCAUCAACAGUCAGUCUUUGAAUGGAAAUAAGAGCCUUUAUUUGUGAGGAAAAACAUCUAAAUAAACUUGUCAGAUAGAUUUUGACCCUAAUGUUGAGACAAAAUAAAAAAAUUCUCUC